AGCACACAGAAUUUCCUAUUUAUCACAUCGGAAGUUGAGUUGCUCUUUGUUUGACAUAAGCCCGCAACUUCAUAAACCAAAACAAGCCUGACAAGCUUCAUGCUUCGUCGUUGAAUGCGUGCAAGUUCUUUGUUUUGUAUAAAAGGAUUAGGCGCCUCUUCGUUGUCUGAUCUCGUUCGCUUUCAGUAGCGCCAUGUGUGGGCAGCGAUCCAUCAUCGCUGAAAGAAAACCAUCGCAUUGAUCGAAGAGCCCUGUGGAGCAAUCAACUGGUAAAUGGAUCUAGAGGAUUUAUCGAGCUUUUGGGCGAGAUUUCAGAUCGCCUUUUCGUGGGAUUAUCCAGAAGGCUGGGAUAUACAAGCUGUGCAGUCAGCCGUGUUUCAUGUCGUAGGCGACAGCGAAACGAGGUGAGAUUAAGAUCGAACAUCACUGUUUUAUUACCUAUGAUAACGGCACUAACAGUAAUAAUAAUUGCAGGUGAAGUUUAUCCCUUUGAUAACUUGUCAAUAAAAAUCGCAGUUUUAGGCUGAUAUCCUUUUUGAUUUCCCACUGUGUUUUGUGAUAAAAUCGAUCACGGUGAUUCGUGCUUUCUAAGAACAGGUUCAUUCGAUUAAUCCUUUGAGGUGCUUACUAGAUAAACACAUUGUAACAAUGUAAAAUCUCUUAUGAUGAACUGUCUCGUUUUCUCUCGGCGAGUGCAGGUUAACUUUUGCCUUUAUAAAGAAACCAAACAAAUCAGGUGAAAUCACAGGAGGUCCUUCUUUGUAAAACUCUGGUUGAAUUUAUUAUCACGCGAUGGUAAUUUUUAUCACAAACAAUUUCCUUUUCGUUCAAGAACACCCAUCAUGACAGUUCAUUCCAAAGCAAGCAGCGCUACCACAAUUACGUUUAACCUUAGUUAACGCCACGAAUACUCUGUUAGCACUUUAAAUACGUUUUAUCACAAUAAUGAAUACAUUUUAACACAUGGAUUUUAUAUUUUCACUUUUUACGACGAUAUUAUAGAUAUUUCCGUGAUAUCGUCGAUCUUCCAACUGUUCUUCUUGUUGAUAAGGCGGAUCAAAACGAAAAAGCAUCUCCUCGAUAUCUUGACGAAGGUCAAGGGCAAUUUUAGCCAAAGAAGGAUUCUCGAGACAAUUACUAGAUGUUUAUCUUUAUGCCUUAAUAAACAUGGAUUAAAAGGCUUUUUGUCUUUCCUUUCUUGUCCAAGGAUCUCAAAGUGCAUUCUUGUGGGUUUUUUAUGUUAAUUUAUGUCGUUUCAACUAUAGAUGUAUAAAAUUUUUGGAACCUCCCUGUAGAGUUUGUAUAAAAUAACUUCGAUACUUUAUAGCUAAAUCUAAAAAAACGAGUGUGCUCACUUCGUGCAUGAGGGAAAUUCAACUAUGAAAAUAGCCUACAAUUCACAACGAAUAAACCCAUUUCUUUCUACAAGUUUUUUAAAUUAUUUUUUCCAUUGGUGGCAAAUUUAAAAAGUAGACUAAUCCAGAUUUGUUUGUUCUGUAAACAAUUAAUCUGUAUUUUAAUUGCAAACAUAUUUCUUUGUUUGCUAAAUGUGGUUGACAUAUGGCGUGGGAAAAUUUCUUUUGAAUAUGAUCAAAUAUAGUCUCACUGUUCCAUUUCCUGUUAUCUCAUUGUGAUAUACAUUUGAUCAACUUUUGUGAUGGUACUGAACUGCACUAUAGUUAUUGUUCACUUACAUGUAACAUUGGAAUGUUUAGUAACCUUUUAAAUCCUCAGAGUGACUAGAAUCAAAUUUCUCCCUACAAUAUCAGCCCUGAAUCACACUUUUAAGGUCAUGAGAAUAAAUGAAAUGAUCACCAACAAAAGAAGCUUUUGAUUGGUAAAGUGUAUUAGGAGCAGCAUGGAGAAUAUGCCUACUGAUUUUAGGGUGUAAAGAGCUAAAACAACUUAAAACUAGAAGUAAGUUAUUCUACAGUGAACUCCUGAUUUAAAACUUAUUCAUUGUAAAGUCCUUGUAGACUGACAAUUGGAUUCUGAUAUUUGGAUAUAAAGAAUUGAAAAAAUUUUCAAAAAUUCAGGUUACUUUUUUCUCUAGUCUCAAACCAUAGAGAAAAAUGAAUUUUUCAUUGGGGAAGAUGACAAUUGUGUUGUUUGAGAGAAGUACAGUAAUAUACUUCUUCUUCAAAGCUGUAUUGCAGCAAAUUUGUGAUGAAAUAUCCAAAAUUUUUUCUACUAAGCAUUCAUGAUAUACAUUUCAGCAACAGAGCUCAUAAGUUUCUCUAUCCUCAUGCUUUUGUCAUUGCUGAUGCUACAGUUUGUAGCUAACAUUAUGCAUGUGAAUUAGUGUAUAACCCAUCUUACCAACAAGUUUUAUUUAGCUCUGUUGGUAGAACAACCCAGCUUUUUUCUUUCUCUCAUGCUUGUGAUGGAAUUUAAUGUUAAUUAUCUCUCUUUGAUACAACCCAGUUCUAAGAAGGUAGCAAGCUUGGGUCCUAAUCCUGUUUCAUGCACAAAUUUUAGAAAAACUCAUCCAUUACAUACAAUUUAAACUGAAAGUACCUAUUUCAUGUGUCACAAAUGUAAUAGUAAGUUGACAAUCUUGACUUGAAACUUGAUCCUCAAUCCUCAAAACUUAAUUGGAGGAUCAAGAAUCAAUAAUCAAGAAUUGAGAAGCAAGGAUUGAGAACUGAGAAUCAAAGAACAAGGGAAUCUAAACUUAGUUUGCGCAGUUCUAUGAUAUAUAGUCAAGUGUGACACUGGUUUCACAGCUAUCUCCUGUCAUUCUCUAGGGAGCAUAUUUAAGCCAUUGUGCUUGUAUUUUUAUUGUAUGUUUUAGGCAGUUUUCUUUUACAGUUUCCUGUAUGUUUAUUUUGUUUUUUCUUUUCCAUAGGGCUCAGGAUCAGCUUGUUGUGGGGUGUGUCCAGACAGCUGGAGCCGGUGUGAUCCUGACCCAACCAAAACCACACAGUGAUGUAGUCCCAUGUGAAAUGAGCUUCACAGCACACCCUAUGGCUCAGGAAUUCUACAUUAAAAACAUUGUCAUUGUCUCUGAAGCAAGGAAUGUUGAGCUGUAUGUUGAUGAAAACUAUGAAAAAACAGCAAAGGGUAUCAUGCUUACAAUUCGCAAAGGAAGGUAUGAAGAUCACAUUAUUUUUAAACCAUAAUCAAUGCACUUUGGUAUUUUAUUCCAUCCUGGGGUAAAUUUAUCUGAUAAUUGUCAUACAUCAUUAACCCUUUAACUCCCAUGAGUGACCAAGAAAGAAUUUCUCCUUACAAUAUCAAUACAAUAUCAACCAGAUAAUUGAUGAGUAUAAAGAAAAAUAUCAAUAUGGGGAUAAUUAGUUGAUCCAACACUAAAUUCUCUGAACUAACAUUUUAAGAAUUGUAUGGUUGACAGAAAGGAGAAUUAAAAAAUUGAUCUGAGACUUAAAGCCAUUAACAGAAUCGCAGAGAAAUGUUUAACCUGAUUAAUGUUCAUAUUCUCCAAACUGUUCCCUUUACAUUUUCUAUGGGACUGAAAAGGAGAAUUUUGCUUGACAUCACAAGCUCCUUUAGUUGCCAUCAUUUUCCUUAUUCUCAUGAACUUACAGUUUGAUUUAGCUAAGGAGAAAUUAUAUCCCAGUCACUCUUCGAGGAUUAACCCUUUAACUCCUAGAUGAAAUUUGUAAUUCUCCUUACUCUCAACCAUACAAUUCUUAUAAUGUUAUUUUGGAGAAUUUAGUAUUGGAUCAACCAAUUAUCCCCAGAUUGAUAUUUUUUUUAUUCUCAUCACUUAUCUGGUUGAUAUUGUAUUGAUGCUAUAAGGGGAAAUUUUGUCUUGGUCACUCACGUGAGUUUGAGGGUUAAGGCUUAAGGCAGAACACUGUACAACAGAUGUGGCAGUCACUUUUGUGCAAAAUUAUUUUACAGCUGUAUUUAUUACACAAUCAUUUCCAAUGAGUAUGAAUUAUUUUUAAGUAUCUUCACAUUAAUUUUAUCGUGCUGUAUUUUUUUCCCAGAAAAGUAUCCUUAUUUGAAACUGAGUUUGACUUGACUGAGUUCAUUCAUGGAACUUGCAGAUGCUUAGUUAAGGUAAGUGAGAGCAUAAAUUGGAGAGGAGGGCAGCCUGUUGUUAGAAAACCUAAGUUUUUUCAAAAGAAUGGGAACCAUUAUCAAGGCACCAUAAAAGAUGUAUCAACAACCACCCCUUUCUUGAAACUCACUGACUUGGUAUCAUCCCUUCAAGGGUGAUAAUCAAGUUUCUUGACCAUUGGCCCUGUCUUUCCUAACAAUGUGAGCCAGCUUCAGUUCUUGGACCAGUUACUAUAUUUUUAACAACGUCUUCUCACACAGACCUCUCACAAACUUAAUAAUAUGAUAGGUUCAAAGACCCUUUUACUUAACAGCUUAAAAAAGUUACAUUUACAUUUACAUUUACCUUGGCCAGGCUCACAAACCCCCCCACCUCUCUCACUCAAAUAAAAUAAUAUCAUGGCUGCAAAUACACUUAAAAUACUUAACAGCUUAAAUAAGUCACCUUGGCCAGGUUCAUUCUCCCCCCCCUUGCUGCCAUGAUUUAAAAUUGUUUUGUUGUAGUUUGGUACAAAGAAGGCAAACACUUGACCCUAUAUCUCCCAACUGAGCGAUCAGUUUGGUAUUCUGCAUUAAUGCAUUACAAAUAACUGACUGAGGAUUUCUUGUCUUUCCUGAGAAUUAAAUUAGGAAAGAUGUAAGUAGACAGUAUGCAUAAAUGGCAGGCCAGAUUGGUAUUCUACUGAACUCAUAUAAAUUAGCCCAACCAGCCUUUCUUUGAGUUGGGGUUUUUUUUUUUAUUUUUUCCUGAGACAUACUGACAAGGCUAGUUGGGGUAAUCUACAUGACUACAAAAGAAUACUAAUUGAGUCUGCCAUUCAUGCAUUGGGUCUGUUAUCUGGUUUAAAAUUUCUAUUAGACUGUAGUUUUAACAGUAACAAAUUGAAAAAUUAUAGCUGACAAGAUUUUGAUUUUUCAUGUCCAGUUCCUAUCAUAUGCGGAAGAGCAAUCAAUGAGACUUCAGACCAUUGUUGUACGAGUUGCCAGAGUCUCUACACUUCCUCCCAGCCCAGGAAUGCCUUUGCAGGUUAGAGUUUUGAUUUUGAACACUUCAGCUACUGGAAAUGAGCCAAACACAGGACAAAAAUAAGCUCUCUGGGAAGUUAUUCGGUCAGUUAAAUGCAGACAUGUACACCAUGGUGUAGGAAAUACGGUCAAUUAGAAUGCUGAAAAGCCAUUAAUGUAUUUGGUGUCAUAACACCCAAUCUUCCCAUAAUGCACUGCUAUCUCAUAACUGAUUAGUAAAAACGAAUCAAGAUGCGAUUAUCAUUCAGCUUGUCUAAUAAAUUAGAAUGAUAUGCAAAUUUUUUCAGGGUUUGAUACCAGGCCAAGUGGAUAUAUCUAAUGUGAGGAGCUAUUUGGAUAGUCUGGGUAAACAACUGUCACCAGAGGCUCAGCAACUCUUGGAGUCCAUGGAAAGCAAGCAAAUGGUUGGUAAUAUUGUAUUUUUUAUGUCAUAAUUUAAAGUAGCUUAGUGAUCUAUAUUUACCAAUUAUUUUGCAUUACUUAGCUCUUACGCUUGUAGCCAAAAUCGAACCCUUUUAUCGGACUCAGUAAACUAAUCAUGAAGUGUUUUCGGCAGAGUCAAAGUAGAAGUGUCUCUGAGCAUGUCAGAUCUGUUAGCCAUGGCAGUGGGUCUCUGCCUGAACACCUUGGUGCCAUGAAUUUAUCUGGGAGUGAAACUAGCAUCUUAUCACAGGCCAUGACAAGAGCGAAACAACUGGAAGAGGAAGAGAAAGCGGAAAGGAUGUGUAAGUUGAACUUUCAGCCUACAGAACAAGUUGUCUUUUCCCUUUUUCAGUUGAGCGGACUUUGCGCUUGCUUGAAAACGCCCCCCUCAAGAAAAAGCGAAAUCCGUCUUGCAAGCUACGACUUUGGUCUAAAUUUUGUGAGUUAAACAUUUUCAGUCCUCAUCAAACUAUUCCAUCCUUUUCCACCUUGGUUCGAAGUCCUCCUCUCAAUAUUUUUAAUAUCUUUCCAUCUUUCAAUGUUCACGUUUUUUGGUUUUCUCCAAUUUGAGGAAAGUUUUGCCAAACGCCGAAACAAUUUCUAAAAGAUUUCGUAACCCCAGGUGUAGGCGAAUCAAGAUGAGCAAUUUGGUUUCCGUCAGUCACUUAGAAGUAGCCUAUUCCAGAUAGCUCAGGGUGCAAUAGAUGCAGCAGAGUGAAAACGAGGGAGAUUCGGGCCGAGUUGCGCAGAGAACACCACCCGACCCAAACAUCCCUCGGUAUUUCACUCUUCCGCUUCUAUAGUGCAUCGUUGUACUGACUGAACGCCUGGAAGACGCUUUGAGAAGUGCACUGAUUUUACUUCCAAGGUAAAGUUCGCGUUUUGAAGGAGGCAGGCUCCCUUAACGUUAUGCUGUGAAUAUUUGGCGUGGACAACACACUUUUUUGGAGUUUUCUUUCUAUAAUUCAAUUCCUCACCCGUUUUCUGUCAUUAAACUUUGUAAUACAAAAUGAAAAGGCUAAGAGCAAUCUAGAGGUUAACAGGUUUGAUCAUUUUUUGUUUAAUGAAAAAUUCUACUGAUUGGGUGAGACUAAGUCUGAUAGAAAGAGGCAGGAACGUACUUUCAGCAUCAGUCUGUGUAAUGAAAUGAUUUAUAACGAUGUAAAUAAUUCCGAACUGGCUCUUUUUAAAACGUUCUUUACUUUCUCAAUGUUCUUGCAGUUAGGUGUAAUCAACUUCGACUUCUAGAGUCCCUUUAGACUGAGUGUCGCAAAACCAAACCAAAGUAAUCACAACGGACAAUGGCCAAUCGAAAGACAGGAAAUUACCUUUAAGAGCCGAUGAAAACCAAACCGUUCAAAGAGCGGGAAAACGAGGGCAACCAAGUCGUGAUUGGUUGUAGUUUUGCAUCUGAUUGGUUGAUAGAGUGGUGCAAAACCAAUCACAGAGCGACGCGAAGCAGAACGAAAUCAAUCUCGGAUGAAUUUCGACUCUCGAUUUAAAAUUGCUUUAGAUAGCCAACUUAUCUUUUGUUUUCCUUACAGCGCGGAAUAUGCCAGGAAGUCCAGAAGGCGAUGAAGAUUUUAUUAAUAUGCUAGCAGGCCUGAUGGUUGAAAAGUCACCCGAAUCAGCGGAGAACUCUGCUACUCUGUCGGUGGAAAAUGGCGCACCCGAUACCCCGGAAUCACCCACGCUCGCUAAGCACCGGUGGGAAACCUACUUACAGUCACGUGUACGUGCAAGCCGCAACAUGGUGCGCAAAGCCAGACCAGUCUCCCUCGGCAGUGCGCUUCCUGUAGCGACACAGGCUACAAUCAAUCCACGGGCGCAGUCAUUCUGCUUGGAAGACAAGCGAGCUGUAGAACGAGUUAUGGCUGAACAAGCGCCUGCUCCGUUAGAGAAGGCUUCGUCUGACAGCUCGGAUUCCGGGAGUAAGUCCAGGUAAGGGCAAAUAUGAUAAUGGGGGUAGGGGUCGGGGGAGGUAGCGUUUGGCAGUUGAGGGAGGGGUGGAUGGAGAAGGAGAUGUGUUGAUGGUAACUGCAACACUGAUGGGACAGCUAAGCUGCCUAGAGUUUCACUUUGGUAGAAGUAAACUUGCCAGCCGACGUACCGAAAGACUGAUUUCAGAAUUUCCCUUCAAAGGUCUGCGCCAAUUUCCCUCUCAACUCCACUAAAAGCUAACACAAUGCAGCAUUUCACCUUAAAAAAAGAGAGUGCCCAUGUUAUCAAAAUGCAUUUCUAUUGUUACUCAGGUGCGCCGAAUGCGGAUGCCCCGGAUGUUUAUCAGUUUAUAACUCUAUCACCACGAACAUCUAUGCCGCAGAGAAGAGAAUUAUGGGGCGAGUUGAAGCUAAGCUCCAGGCCAUGCUCGAGCACAUGGACUCGAGGUUCGACACGUUAUUCAGAAGUUUGCUUCUCAGACAAGAGCAUUUAUAUGCACACAGCGCUCAUGGCUCAAACAACAGCUUUCCUGGUACCAGGAAGUUCUCACAGCGUAACGGUCACAAAUCUGGUGAUACUUCUGUUUGAGAGUCAAACACGCUUAGCCAAGGAUAUACAGAUCAGCGUUGGAGAAGAUUCUUUCAGAGAGCGACUACAAGCGAUCCCCAAACAGUUUCGUUUGGAACAAUGGACAGUUAGCCGCAAAGUCAGAUCGAAUCAGUCUUAGACUUUAUCAUUUUGGAGUUUACUUGGUGCUUGGAAAAACCUGCGAAGUUUUUUUUCCUUUUUUUGUGAAGGCUUUUUUCAGAUGUAAAUUUUAUCCACAGCUGGCCAAGGCCAGAGAUGACCUUGCGUAAUACAUAACCUCUGUAUCCUUGAAGCUACCCAUUUCAAAAUUUAGGGAGUAAUAUAGUUUGUUUUGCUUUUUCACUGUCGUUUAUAAAUAUCAUUUAAUAUGUUUUUGAAAAACAGCCUAGAACUAUACCAAACGGCCUCUCGAGCAACUAAAUUUUCCCUUAGUUUCUGAAAUGUAAUGGAUGUAGUGGAAAAAUUUUGUAUCCAAAGAUUUUCAAGUAGAAGAGUAAUGAUUCUUACUCACUUUUGAAACCCUGGCUAUCAAAAUGGAUUUAAAGCUUCCCUAUAUAAACGUUUGCUAUUUUUUUAUUUUAGUACUUCAGGACUAGGCCGCUAGAACAAUCUUAACCCCCUUAUUCCCAAGAUCUCAUUUACAACUCUCUUCAUUGUCUGUCAUCCAAUUCUCACAAUGUUCGUUCAGAGAAUUUGGUAUUGGAUUAACUAACAAUUCCUUAUUCGAUGUUUUUCGUUAUUCUCAUCACUACUCUGCCUGAUAUUGUGUGGAUGUUGUAAGGAGAAAUUCUGUAUUGGUCACUCAAGUGAGUGAAAAGGGUUAAAGAGAUAACUAAGAAAAACACUUUAGAGAUUAAGGAACUGAAUUGAAGAGAAAUUAUCUUUGAGGAACAUUUUCGCUAAAUUUUUCUAGAAUUGGUAAAAAAUUUAGGAAAAUAAGUUUUUUAACGUAGCGUUAUGGGUCGAACUCAGUCUUUCUGAGUUUCGUUUUAAGUCCGACGGAAUUAUUGAUUUAAAGCCAUUGCAUUGUAAGUGAGAGAAAUUCUCCUUUUAAGCCAUUUUAUUGUAUGAGCUGUUCAGAUUGAUAGCGGAAUACAAUGUUUUACUUCAAGUAUGUAAUUAAUAAUGAAAUAUGUAACAAUAGCAAAAAACAUACAAAAUACAUAAACAUAACGGUAAUUUGGGCAGGUAAUUUGGGUCAGGUUUUAAUUAUCUCAUCAAUAUAUAAUUAGAUACAGUUGAAAGCUUACUAGCCUACGAGCAAAACUGCUUUUGGUUUUCGCAUUACUCGGUGUUUUAACGAGAGAGCUUGCCAAAAGGUGAAAUAUUUUUUAGAAAUCUUUCGAUUUAUUUAAAUAACAAGGGAGAAUAAGCAGUUAUUUGACGUCAAGUAUUUAAUUUCCCCAACUUAGGUGUAAUUUAUAUGAUAAAAGCGUUCUUUCUUAUAUUGAGAUCAUGCAACAAGUGUAGAGACAGGAUAGUUUCUAAGAAAAAAAAUACAAUAACUUUAAAUGAGUAGAUAAAUAAACCGAUUAAAAAAACACAAAUAGAUUUGUCCGUCUUUCAGAAACAAU